AGACGUUACAUUACUCGGAAGAGUGGAGUAAGGACGUGUGUUAGCUGGUUAAUGAGGAGUCCUGAUAUUCUUCUUCGUCUUCAUCGGAACCCUAACCCCUUCGGAAUCGGAAGAAGAAUCAUCAAUGGAAGGAGUGCUGUCCGCGAACGAGCAACAGAGCAUGGUCUCUUCCUUCCUCGAGGUCGCUCAGGGCCAGACCGCCGAGACUGCGCGCCAGUUCCUCCAGGCCACAAGUUGGAAGCUUGAGGAGGCUCUUCAGCUGUUUCUGAUAGGGAGUGAAGGUGGGGCGGUGCCGUUGCCGGUGCCGCCGCCGCCGUUGUUGCACACUCCGCCUUUGGAAAAUGUCGAUUCCUGGACUGAUCAACAGCCUUUGAGUGAACCAAGGAAGGACGCCGCGGCGGCUGCAAGUGAAAGUAUUGAUCUCAAUGAUGCAGAAGAAGUGCGCCCUCCCUUGCCUGUAAUAAGGGAAACUCUCUAUGACGAUGCAAUGCUGUAUGGAGCAUCAAGGGCCAGCCAUCGUUCCCACGAACCGAGCUCCCUGGUUGCAUUUCGUAACUUUGAAGAGGAAAUGAGACAACCAGGGGUUUGGGAGUCGGAACAAGGUGCUGCUUCUACAGCAGAGACUUCUCGAGAUAAUCUUGCUUCACUUUAUCGCCCUCCAUUUCAUCUAAUGUUCAAUGGUCCUUUUGAUAAGGCAAAAGAUGCUGCUUCUGUGCAGAACAAAUGGUUGUUGGUGAACAUACAAUCUACCAAGGAAUUCAGCUCGCAUAUGCUUAACCGGGAUACGUGGGCCAAUGAAGCUGUUUCUCAGACUAUUAGUACAAACUGCAUAUUCUGGCAGGUAUAUGAUGAUACAACUGAAGGCAGAAAAGUUUGCACUUAUUACAGACUGGAUUCAAUUCCUGUCGUACUUGUUAUUGAUCCCAUCACUGGCCAAAAGAUGCGCUCUUGGAUUGGAAUGGUUCAACCUGAAAGCUUAUUGGAAGGUCUACUAGCAUUCCUUGAUGCAGGGCCUAAGGACCAUCAUAUUACCUUGUCUCACAAGCGUCCUAGAGGAAGUUCUAGCCCACCAAAAUCUAAAGCCUUGGUAGAAUCAGAUGAGAAUAAAGAGGAGGAUGAGGAAGUUCAAAGAGCUCUAGCUGCUUCUAUGGAGAGCAUGAAAGAAUCAACUGUUAUGACUGGAAGAGACAAUAUAGAUACAGACGUUGCAGUCUAUGGACAACAAACAACCUUGGCUAAGAGACCCAUAUAUCCAGCCCUGCCUGAAGAACCCAAGGUUGAAAGAAAUCUCCUAUGCAGGGUUGGUGUUCGUCUUCCAGAUGGACACCGGAUUCAGCGUAACUUCUUACGCACUGAUCCAAUUCAGCUGCUGUGGUCUUUCAUUUCUGCUCAACUAGGGGAAGAUGAAAGAAAGCCAUUUAGAUUAACACAUGCAAUUCCUGGAGCAUCUAAAAUUCUGGACUAUGAAAGUAAUUCAACCUUCCAGGAAUCAGGCCUUGCGAACUCUAUGAUUUCGGUGACUUGGGACUGAGUUCGGGUUCAUUACUGGGUUAAAUUUGCCGACUGAGAACUUCAGAUAUGUGAUUCCCAUCUAUAUGAUCCCGUUUUUCAUCUUUUCAUGAGGUUGUUUAAUUUCAAAGAAAAGGUUAUUGAAACAUUUUUUGUGUAUAGACUAUAUGAAUCCGAAUGAUGGGUUAAACGAAGUUAAUGGAAAUAUAUUAAAAUGUUAUUAGUUGUAUC